AUGACCCAGGAACAGUGCCCUCAUAGAAACAAUGUCCAAAGUACUGAAAAACCACAAGUGUAUAAAGUGGGGAUAUACGGUUGGCGGAAACGUUGCCUUUACUUCCUUGUCCUACUCCUCAUGAUCCUCAUAGUGGUCAACCUUGCUCUCACCAUCUGGAUCCUCAAAGUUAUGAACUUCACUAUAGACGGCAUGGGUCACCUGCGUAUCACAGAAAGAGGCCUGAAACUGGAGGGCGAUUCGGAAUUCCUUCAGCCGCUGUAUGCCAAAGAAAUCCAGUCCAGACCAGGAAGCCCAUUGUUCCUGCAGUCUUCUAAGAACGUGUCUGUCAACAUCCUCAAUGAGAAGAAGCAAUUAGUAUCUCAACUCAUUGCAGGUUCUCAUGGAGUUCAUGCAAGAGGCAAAAUGCUGGAGGUAAAAUCAAGUGCAGGAAAGCUGCUCUUCUCUGCUGACGACCAUGAGGUUGUAGUUGGUGCAGAGAGAUUACGAGUUAUGGGAGCUGAGGGUGCAGUGUUCAGCAACUCAGUGGAGACCCCGCACGUGAGAGCUGAGCCCUUCAAAGAGUUACGGCUGGAGUCUCCUACACGUUCGCUAUUCAUGGAGGCGCCUAAAGGAGUGAAAAUAGAAGCUGACGCAGGUGAUUUUCAAGCAACCUGUAGGAGUGAUUUACGCCUGGAGUCAAAAGAUGGAGAGAUCAGCUUGGAUGCCAGGAAAAUCAAGCUCCUACGUCUACCAGAGGGAAAACCCUCCCCCUCUGGAAAUAGACAGACUGUCUUUGAGGUGUGUGUCUGUCCCAAUGGAAAACUCUUCCUAUCACAAGCAGGAACUGGCUCCACUUGUCAGAUCAGCAGCAACUUAUGCCUCUAGAUACUCACAAAAACCCUUCCACACACACACACACACACAGACAGACACAAUCACAGAUACAGAGGACUUGUUCCUCUUGAAGAAUUCAAUGUUGACAAGAAAUGAAAAGGACUUCCUCAAGAUUAAUGAAAAUACUUCGUAAAACAAUGUUUGAACGAGAAACUUUUAUAGUGAUCACCAGAAAACCAUUCGACAGUCGCCAUUCCGACCUUGCUUUUACUCAUCAGAAUAAAUUUUUUAUUUAAUUUUUUUGCUGAGGAAAGUACCAUGGGUGCUUUAUCUUGUGUACACCACAUAAAUAUGACAGUUUUCUUCUUUUAAAAAAAUAAAUGUUUUAUUAUUAAAGGUCUUCAUCUACAGUCCUCAAUCUGGGAUGCCUCUCAUGACGGUGAUCACCUAUACCCAAACUGUGCUUACACUGGGAUAAAAUCCAUACACCCACUCUGUU